UACACAUCGCCUCUUCGCCCCGAGGUAAAAUGGAUAACGGGAUUCUAUUGGGGCGUGUAAACUGAAUGGGCGGCAACUUCAAAAGAAAAAUGAAAGGUGCCGAAUCAGAUUGCAUCCUUGCACUGCAAUAUUUCGAUGGAAGCGACAAGUGUGCAGGAUACAGAUAUGAGCAUUUUCCGAGAACCAGGAAUGCCUCAGCUUCAGCCGUUUUUGUAUGAUCUUCCUCGAUUUGACGUGGCGUCCACAAGACAUGUGACGUCAUCAUCUCCGUUGCAUCAUCUCCCGUAUCUAGGUUCGGGGACUCUUGUUGAAAGGUUGCUUGGUUCACUGAACUAUGACCAUCGGAUGUACGUUCGUCGUAGCGCCAUUGGUGGUAGUAAACCGAAAGUUGCUACACAUAGUGUUGUUCAGAAGAUUGAGGCGUACAAGAAUGAGAAUCCUUCAAUAUUUGCAUGGGAAAUCAGGGACAAACUGUUGUCUGACGGGCUUUGCACGGAAAACAAUGUUCCAAGCGUUAGCUCCAUUAACCGGAUAUUGCGAAACAGGGCGUCAGAGCGGGCAGCUCUAGAAUACACCAGGAUCGCUUCGCGGUCUUUCUUGCCUCUGUUUCCUCCAUAUUGGAACGUGAAGACGUCACAUGAUCACGCAUGCGCGAUGUUCCAGCCAGCCUUUUCCGGUGUGACUCAAACGAUGUGUGAACAGAAGGAAAAAGAAGUGGAGGCAAUAUCAGUUGACGACGAUGACACCGUACAUGAAUGUGACGGUUUCGACAACCCCAAACUACGUCGCAACCGUACCACAUUCACUCAAGAUCAGCUGGACAUUCUAGAACGGGAAUUUGUUAAAAGCCAUUAUCCGGGGGUAAACACCCGGGAGAACCUCGCUUCAAAGACUAGCUUGUCGGAGGCACGAGUUCAGGUCUGGUUUUCAAACAGAAGAGCAAAAUGGCGACGACAGCAGCGAAUCAAUUUCAUACAGACCUCACGGGAGAUGUUGAUGCGCUACCCCGUAAUUCCAGUGGCCGAACGAGCGCAUGGUUUAGCGUCUGACCUACAAUUGCAAACGUCAGAAAAUCCAUUUAUUAAGUCACGCAUUACGUCACCGAUAACGAUUGGCAGUCAAGAAUCUGCUUUUUACAAAAAGAUACCAAAUGACAAGGGGAGUAAAUUUAAGUAAUUUUGCUAGCUGUUUUUGAUUAAAAAAAUGUUUGAACUUGGAAACAACUACAGGGUUAUUAUCUGCGUUAAAUUAAAUAAUACCGGCUAGUAUUCAUUAAUGGUUUAAAUUGCGUAUUUUCAAUAUCAGUUUGCGCUUGUUCGGAAUCAACAACACGUAAAACAAUUCAA